UUCAAUUCCUAAUUUCCUCCUUGGAAAUCAAACCCCACCCCACCCAGCUAGCUGCCAAAUCAAAAUCAAGAUUGAAUACAUGGGCAGCCUUCACAACGACGAGAUGAAACCACACGCCGGAACGAUGAAACCCCUCGACCCGGAGGAGUUCCGGCGGCAGGGACAUUUAGUCAUCGACUUUCUUGCAGACUAUUACAAGAAUGUCGACAAGUAUCCUGUCCGCAGCCAAGUCGAGCCGGGAUACCUCAAGAAAAGGAUGCCCGAUUCCGCACCCUACGACCCCGAACCAAUCGAGACAAUCCUCCGGGAUGUCCAAAACGACAUCGUUCCGGGGAUUACUCACUGGCAGAGCCCCAAUUACUUCGCCUACUUUCCCUCCAGCGGCAGCAUUGCCGGAUUCCUCGGGGAAAUGCUCAGCACCGGAUUCAACGUCGUCGGCUUUAACUGGAUGUCAUCGCCGGCGGCGACGGAGCUCGAGAGUAUCGUAAUGGAUUGGCUAGGCAAGAUGCUCAAGCUUCCGUCAGAGUUCUUGUUCUCCGGCGGCGGCGGAGGGGUUUUACAGGGCACCACCUGCGAGGCGAUUCUGUGCACGCUGGUCGCCGCCAGGGAUCGGAUGCUGAAGAAAAUCGGGAGGGAGAACAUCAACAAGCUCGUCGUCUACGGGUCGGAUCAGACCCACUCCGCCUUGCAGAAGGCGGCGCAGAUCGCCGGAAUAAACCCGAACAACUUCCGGGCCGUCGCCACCACGAAGGCGGACGCCUUCGGGCUGACGGCGGAGGCCCUCCGGGCGGCAAUUAAAUCCGACGUGGAAUCUUCAGGGCUAGUGCCGCUGUUCCUAUGCGCCACGAUCGGAACGACGUCGUCCACCGCCGUCGACCCGCUUGGCCCGCUCUGCCACGUGGCGGAGGAGUACGGAAUGUGGGUCCACGUGGACGCGGCGUACGCGGGCAGCGCCUGCAUCUGCCCGGAGUAUCGCCAUUUCCUGGACGGCGUGGAGAAAGCCCAUUCCUUCAGCUUCAACGCCCACAAGUGGUUCCUCACAACCUUGGACUGUUGCUGCCUCUGGGUGAAGGACCCGGGAGCCCUGAUCCAGGCCCUCUCAACCUACCCAGAGUAUCUCCGAAACAAAGCUUCCGAGUCGAAGCAGGUCGUGGACUACAAGGACUGGCAGAUAACCCUCAGCCGCCGCUUCCGGUCGCUGAAGCUCUGGAUGGUUCUCCGGAGCUACGGCGUCGCCAAUCUCCGCAAGUUCUUGCGCAGCCACAUCAAAAUGGCCAAGAAUUUCGAGGGCCUUAUCGGGAUGGACCGGCGGUUCGAGGUGGUGGUGCCGCGCAACUUCGCCACCGUCUGCUUCCGCGUGGUGGCGGCGGAGAUGGAGAUCGUCGACAGUUUCAAUGCCAAGUUGCUGGAGAGUGUUAAUGAGUCCGGGAAGGUUUACAUGACCCACGCCGUGGUGGGCGGCGCCUACGUCAUGCGGUUCGCCGUCGGGGCCAGCCUGACGGAGAACCGGCACGUGAUUUUGGCGUGGAAGGAGGUCCAAGAACAUGCGAAUGCCCUGCUAACGAGUUCGUGAUUCCUUGAUUCCAUGUCUGUCUGUCACAGCUAGCUACCUGCUAUGUAUGGUUCAAAUGCAAUUCAACACGUGUUUUGUUUUUAAUUAUUGUUUUUUGGUAUGUAGCUAAUCGUUUAGCAUAGGUGAGAAUUUUAUGCACGUUUGUUUGUAUAGAAUUCUCAAAUCCAAAUGUUGAUUGAAAUUAAAAUCAAAUUACUUGGAAUGA